AUGGCUUCUCCACGUUUUCUCCUUCUUCUGUUCACAACAUUAUCACUCACAGUUUCUUCAGCAAUCUCAGGAUCAGUAGUAGAGGACCUUGCAAACUUGCAACCCCCGUCAGAUUUCAACACCACAAUCAUGAAAAACUGUCAACACAAUCCUUCUCUCAGAUACUGUAACUCCUCUUCUAUGGACCUGAAAGAAAUCUUCAAGUUCACCAUUGUUGCAAGCCAUCUUUGCAAUGAGUCAAAGAAUCCAAAUUGUGUCCAUUCUUUCGACAACAUAGACCUGCGAAACAGGCCGAAGAUGGCACCACUCUACUUGUCAUACAGUUUCUUUUGGAAAUACUGCCCUUUAACCAUUCUUUCCAUUGAUUUGUCAAACAUUUCUUUAAAGGGUAGUUUUCCUAAAGAAGUUAUAUGUUGUGACCAAAUCCAGGCUCUUGAUUUGAGCCUUAAUGGCCUUACCGGAGAAUUCCCAAUCGAGAGCUUUGCUCCUCUUACCAACCUUACAUUUCUCAACCUGUCAUAUAAUUAUUUUUCAGAGAGUAAAAUCUCAGAUUCUCAGUUUUUCAAAAGGUUUAAUUCUUCAAGUUUUAUUCAUUCUGGUAUCCUUCCAAGUGACAGGAACUAUACAAUCAAGGCCAUAUUUUUACUAGUUGGAUUUCCAAUCUGUGUGAUUCUAAUGGCGGUUUGCUUUGGAUGGCUGUGUUUUCAAAGGCCGGAUUACUUACCAAGAAUGUUUCAAAGAAAGCACAAGUUUACACCGUCAAUGCUAAGGGCAGCAACAAAUGGGUUUUCAAGAAAAAACCAGAUGGUCAGAAGUGAAGGAGUAGAAAUUUAUAAGGGAACUUUGCGAGACAGUACUCAAGUCAGGAUUGAAAUUUACAGGGGUUGCAUUUCAAGGGAGAAACGCAAGGAAUUUGUUGAGGAGUGCAAGGUUCUUGUUGAACUAUGCCACAAGAACUUAGUUCAAGUAUUAGGUUGGUGCAGUAACAGAAAUCAGAGAGCCAUUGUUACUGAAUGGACAGAUGGAGAGACUAUUGAGAUGUGGCUAUCAGGUUCAGCUCCUCCAUGGAAGCAAAGGUUGAAGAUGCUAAUUGGGGUGGUGGACGGCAUGCGUUAUUUGCAGGAACAUUGGCCUGAAGUUGUGUAUGAUCUCAGGAUAAACAGUGUGUUGCUCUCGGACAAUCAUGAGCCACUCCUUUCAAGGUUUCAGGUUGGAGAUCAAUACAGCAACAACAAAAAAAUUCACAAGUUUGGAAUAUUUCUGCUAGAGAUCAUAACAAAUAGGAGGUCACAGGAAUUUGAGAGAGGUGAGGCUGGAUUGAUUGAGUAUGUCAGAGAUAAUUAUCCUAAAAACUUGCACAAAGUGAUUGAUGCAAGAAUGAAAUUGCCAGAAAAUAUGUUUGAUCAAGCUAAACAUGGAAUAGAACUGGGAUUGAUGUGCACUGACCAAUCAAUCAGCAAACAUCCAAGCCUGAAUCAGAUAUCCCAUAUGAUAAACAAAGUCUAUGAGUCUUGCCUGGAAUUAGCGCCCCAGAACCAUAAAAGAUCUCAUGGAGAUGGAGGUAAAGGACACAAACAUGUUCAAUGAAGAUGAUCUGAUAACAUCUUGGAUCUUACUAGUUUCAAUUAUAUUACAGAUUCUAUAAGCAGCAAAAUUUGCAAGUGACUGUGUUAGAACUUAAGUGUAUCGUAUAUAUUCUUUGUAAGCAGAUGCAUUUGCUAUUGUUUUUUAAUGAUUAUAUUGCAAUAAAACAUGGAAGAUGCAACCUCA